GACGGUCCAGAGACUUUCAAUAUCUUUAAGCAAAAAAUAUAAAAGUGAGGUGAAAAAUAGGAGAAUUAUUAUUUAUACUAGAAACAGUGGACCAGGCAAUUUCUUCAUGCUAACUGCCUUUCUACCAACAUAUAUUUCUAAACUCCUGAAAGUGACGUUUUACAUGCAUUUGUGGCGAUGUCAUCAAACUGCGCUCUCCAAAACUGAUGGAAGAAACUCAGCUUUCAAAAUGUGUACUGUACACGUGGGGAGCCAACAGUUACGGGCAGCUCGGACAGGGACACACGGAGGAUCAAGCCGAGCCGCGUAGUGCAGAAGGCGGACAGCCGACAGGACAGAUCCGCUGUAUAACUGGAGGAGGCGGUCAUUCUGCACUCAUCACUGAUUCAGGUGAAUUGUUGAUGUGUGGACAGAACCAUAAAGGUCAGCUAGGACUUAGUCACACCUCAGAGGUCAUAACCUUUCAACCUUGCCCCUUACCUGGGUUCAGGAGAGUUCAACAAGUGUCCUGUGGCUGGGACUUCUCACUUAUCCUCACAGAUGAUGGUCAUGUUAUGUCAUGCGGCUCUAAUUCUUUCGGACAGCUGGGCAUCUCAUCACAGAUAACACACACAGCAGAACCUCUACACGUGAAGGCCCUGAGUGAGCCAGUAACUUGUGUGGCCGCGGGUCUCAGACAUGCAUUAGCAAGUGCAGCAUCAGGUCAUGUGUAUCAGUGGGGAACAGGCUUGUCUAGUCACGCCAAGAGAACUUUGAGUCCCCAACCUGUGCCUGCACACUUGACCUCUAAGGAGCCUUGCCUUGUCCCGGGGCUCAAUCAUGUGACCCCAAAAAAGGUUGUUGCAGGCUCCGCCCAUUGCAUUUGUUUGACAGUCAUGGGUGAUGUUUUCCUCUGGGGCAGCAAUAAACAUGGUCAGCUAAACAGUGAGAACCCUUUCCUGCCGCUUCCUGUGGUUUUAGAUAAAUCAUUGCUGCAGGGGGAGAGAGUGACUGACAUUUACAGCGGCUGGACACACCUUGUCGCACAAACGGAGAGUGGACGGGUCUUUACAUGGGGCAGAGCUAAUUAUGGACAACUAGGGCAAGCGGCAGUGAGCAGUCAGGGCCCAGAAGGUUCAAAAAUCACUGACCCAUCUGCAAACAGCCCUGUUGAGAUUAAUACCUUAUUUGGUGCAACACAGAUUGCAUGCGGAUCUGAACAUAACCUUGCUGUUGUUGGAGGUGGAAUCUUCUCCUGGGGCUGGAAUGAACAUGGAAUGUGUGGAAACGCUUCCCUUUGUGACAUCACACAACCACAACCAAUCCAAAGCCUCAGAGACACUGCACCGUUUCUGAUUGGCUGUGGAGCAGGGCAUUCAAUGGCACUAUGCAGUUUGAAGAGCAACGAGGAUGCUGCAAGCUGAAUAGCUUUUGUCUCUCUGACUGUGUUUUGACAGACAAAGACUGUUUGCUUACAUAGCGGUUUUAAUUAAUUAUUCAGAAACACUCAUAUAAGCCUUUAAAGGACAGAUUUUAGAUCAAAGUCUCAGUGAUGCAAAUGUGGACACACACACACACAUUAUGCUUAUGACAUCAGAGAGGUUUAAAGUAAGCAUCAUAGCACCCAAAAAUAAAUAGAGAUGUUUUUAGAACACUAAGCCUAUUUGCAGCUUUAUGCAAAUAUUCAUAACUUUUAGAUGAGAGGCAUGUUUUCAAAUAAAAAUGGCAUGUUCUUAUUUAUUUAAUUGUUUCUUCAUGUAAAGGGCAUGCUCUUAAUUUUGUACAUUUAAAGGGCAUAUUUGAAAUUUUUUUUUGUAAUAAAUGAUUUUGAAGGAAUUGUUCAUCCAAAAAUACAAAUUCUAUCAUGUAAAUGUACCUACAUUUUUGCAAAAUUAUUUUUACGUGGCUUGUUGAAUUUUCCUGGUGAAAUAAACCUAGAGUUGUAAUGACAAUGACUUCUAAUCCCU